CAAAAAACCGCCCGUCCCGAGUAUGCAUUCGCACUUUUGGCGGUGACGUUGCGAAGAUGGCGCGUCAAGUUUGAAGACGGUCGGGCCGCCGUCGCUCUCGGACCUCGCCACUAUUUCGCUGCUUUUUGCGCUUCCGACGCGCUCCAAGACUCUUAUGCCUCUUUGAAUCUCCGAAGAGAUGCUGGCGCUGACGGGAACUUGGAUAUAAAGGAGGGUGUAAGCCCCUCACUUGGGUUCAAUAUUCUACAUCAUCAUCUCAAAAUACCAACUAAACAUACCAACUACCUUGACCAUUGUUCAUACUUUGCGCCCAAUCUAACAGCAAGCUCAUCUCUCAUUUCAUACCGAGCAACUCUCCCUUCUACCUCACAUCUGCAACAACACCAACACAACACACAACCGUCAUCGCAAUGGCCGGCUCAUCAACCCCCAAGACCAUCCUCUUCCUCGGCGCCACCGGCGGAUGUGGCCUUGCGGUCUUACGCCACAGCCUCGCCGCGGGACACACCUGCAUCGCGCUCUGCCGCACGCCCUCCAAGCUCACCGCCAAGCUGCCCGCGGACCAGCAGGGCAAGGCCAACCUGCGCACCGAGCAGGGCAACGCGCACGACGUCGACGCCGUGGCCCGCUGCCUCGCGCACCCGACGCGGCCGGGCGCCCUCGUCGACGCCGUUGUCUUCUCCAUCGGCGGCGCCUUCCAGCCGGCCAAGAUGACCAUCGACGACCCCAACGUGUGCGAGAAGGGGAUGCGGGCGCUGCUGGACGCCCUGGCCCGGCCCCGCCCGGGCGCCGAGGCCGGCGCCGCGAAGAAGAAGCCGCGCGUCAUCGCCAUCAGCACGACGGGCAUCACCAACCUGGGGCGCGACGUGCCGGUCCUGUUCAUCCCCAUGUACCACAUCAUGCUCAAGGACCCGCACAAAGACAAGAAGGCCAUGGAGGCCCUCCUGAUCGCCAGCGACGCGGACUGGACGCUGGUCCGCCCGAGCCUGCUGACGGACGGGCCGGAGUCGGACACCAAGGUGCGCGCCGGCGUCGAGGAUAGCGCUUCUAGGAAGGUCGAGAGCAAGGCUGUCGGCUAUACCAUCUCGCGCGAGGACACGGGCAAGUGGAUCUUUGAGAACUUGAUCGAGGAGACUGAUGGGAGGUGGGUGCGGAAGACUGCGACUAUCACCUAUUAGAGGAGAGUUAGGGUUCGCGAUGGACGGCGGAGUGUUAAAUGUUUCUUUUGUUUUGAGGGCUUUUGGUGUUUCUUGGUCGGUCUCUUAGACAUGUUCGAAUCCUGCCCCUUUCCCUAUCCUGUUAUACGCCU